AUGAUACAUGAGAUUAAUGAAUCAAUCUAUGGAUUUGUAAAUUCCUUAUUUCCUGAAUGUAAAGAAGCUAUAGAAGAGAAUAGGGCACAUGAAUUAACAAAUUAUUGGGAUGCACAUUGUCAGAAAAUUAAUGAUUUUUCAGAGGUGGUUAAGUCCGAUGUUAAAAAUACUAUAUGCCCCCAAGUUAUGUUAUAUUUAUAUAAAAUAUAUAGCGUACAAGAAAAUCCAUUAAAAGAAGUCGGUUUUAAAUACAUAUAUUAUUGGCUUUACAAGGAUCAUCUGAAGGAGGGGAAAAAAAGUAGUGAUAUAAAGACACUUUAUGAAGAAUUGUUAAAAGUAUACAAUGAUUUUUCCAAAAAUGUUUCUAAUAUCGACUUCUAUCAGAAAAAUAAGUCUGACGAUGAAUUAGAGAACCUAAAAGACAUAUAUGAUUUGAAUAUUAAACUUCAAAGUAUACAAAACACAUCAUAUUGUAAUAUUAACAACAGAUGUGAUUGUGCCGAGCAAUGUGCUAAAAUUUAUAAUCGCCUCAAGAGUGCAUGUAUAUCCCAUUAUGAUCAUAAUUUACAUAAUGUAUUAGAUAAAUAUAGAAAUAAAUUUAUUGAUCUAGAAUUAAAUUCAACAUGUGAUAAUAUUUUACAUUUAAUAUUACCUUUAUCUCAAGAUAAUAAACAAAUGAUUAUUUCAUCCAAAUCUAGUAUUGUGUUUCCUAGGACAAUUCCAAUUUUUGUAAUGUUAAUAUUGUCAUUCUUUUUGUUUCUUGUGUAUAAGUUUUCCCCAUAUGGCUUAUGGAUGAAACAUAAAAUAAAAAGUAUUAAAAAAAAGGGGAAUAAUGAUGAUGAAAUAUCCAAAAUCAUGGAAUUUUCUGAAAUAUAUAACGAUCUUUCUAUGAAUUCCAACUAUAAUUUAUCAUUUUGA